UCCGGCUUCCGGUAACUGGGCUGGACCGGAACCGGCGCGGAGCGUCUGAGGCCCGAGCCUUCCCGGGACCCACUGGACGCCCAGCCCCGCGAGACCCCUGCAAAAUUUCUUCCUCAUAAUUGGGAGAAGACUUACUGGCUCAAUGGCAGCAGUAGAUGACUUGCAAUUUGAAGAAUUUGGCGAUGUAGCCACUUCUGUGACAGCAAACCCAGAUGCCACCACAGUAAGCAUUGAGGAUCCUGGAGAAACCCCAAAACAUCAGACAGGACCUCUGAGAGGCUCAGGAAGAGAAGAAGAUGAUGAGUUACUGGGAAACGAUGACUCUGACAAAACUGAGUUACUUGCUGGACAGAAGAAAAGCUCCCCCUUCUGGACAUUUGAAUACUACCAAACAUUCUUUGAUGUGGACACCUACCAGGUCUUUGACAGAAUUAAAGGGUCUCUUUUGCCAAUACCCGGAAAAAACUUUGUGAGGUUAUACAUCCGCAGCAAUCCAGAUCUCUAUGGCCCCUUUUGGAUAUGUGCCACAUUGGUCUUUGCCAUAGCAAUUAGUGGGAAUCUCUCCAACUUCUUGAUCCAUCUGGGAGAGAAGACGUACCAUUAUGUGCCUGAAUUCCGAAAAGUGUCCAUAGCAGCUACCAUCAUCUAUGCCUAUGCCUGGCUGGUUCCUCUUGCACUCUGGGGUUUCCUCAUGUGGAGAAACAGCAAAGUUAUGAACAUCGUCUCCUAUUCAUUUCUGGAGAUUGUGUGUGUCUAUGGAUAUUCACUCUUCAUUUAUAUCCCCACCGCAAUACUGUGGAUUAUCCCCCAGAAGGCUGUUCGUUGGAUUCUAGUCAUGAUUGCCCUGGGCAUCUCAGGAUCUGUCUUGGCAAUGACAUUUUGGCCAGCUGUUCGUGAGGAUAACCGACGUGUUGCAUUGGCCACAAUUAUGACAAUUGUGUUGCUUCAUGUGCUGCUUUCUGUGGGCUGCUUGGCAUACUUUUUUGAUGCACCAGAGAUGGACCAUCUCCCAACAACUACAGCUAUUCCAAACCAAACAGUUGCUGCAGCCAAGUCCAGCUAAUGAGGAAAUUCUCUUUUGUUUUCUGGAGCAUGGUUCUUUGGGAAGUGGCACCCACUGCAGGAAAGCAAAAUGAGCAGAGCCAGCAGGAGAACUGAUGGAGUGGCACAAACUCCCAGUGUCUGGAUGGUGCCACACUGGCGCCUAAUCACCCGUUUAACAAGCAGAAAUUAAAUGUUGCUCAGCACAUGUGUCUUUCAGCUCUUCUUUUUCACCCAUGGAUGACCAUUGUGACCAUGUGUUGAUUGGACUGAAAUGCCAGGAUAUGGGUUAAGCAUGCUCAGUGCUGUCCCGUUGCCACCCACAGUCAAAUGACAUGCUUCACUGUAGGUACCUUAAUACCUGAAACAGACCCAUGCUAGGUUCUGAUGUCCUCUCUCUGAAUUAUGUACAGACUACUUGGGGGAUCUUCUUCUCUCCAAAUGCUAGCCAUCUUAAAGUAGGCAAACAAUAGAAACUUCGGUGGGGAUUUACCCGGAGCUUGAAAAUGUCUUUGGUAACCUGAUACUGGACCGCUAAACCUAAUGGUUGCAAAAUAAAUACCUCACAUGAU